GGAGCGGCGCGGAGCGGAGCGGGCGCGCGGCGCUGGUGCCGGCCCGGCCGCCAUGGAGUGACCCGGCAGCCCGCAGCGCCCGGGAGGGGCCGUCGCCGCCGGUGCGUGCGGCCGGCUCGGGGCGCGGAGCCAUGGCGGCGGCGCGGGGAGCCCGGCGGCUGCUCGGCACCCUCUGCCUCGCCCUGCUGCUCGCCCGGCCCCGCGCGGCCCGCAGCCCCGCAGCAUCCAGUGUGAGAACCUUCAUGCCCUUCUAUUUUGUGGUGGAGCCCACAGACACGUUAUCUGUUCGGGGAGCUUCAGUCGUACUGAACUGUUCAGCUUUUUGUGAGACUUCUCCAAAAAUUGAGUGGAAAAAAGAUGGAACUUUUCUAAACUUGGUGUCAGAUGAUCGUCGCCAGCUGCUACCUGAUGGAUCUUUAUUAAUAAACAGUGUAGUGCAUUCCAAACACAAUAAGCCUGAUGAAGGAUACUAUCAGUGUGUGGCGACUGUGGAAAGCCUUGGGACCAUUGUAAGCAGAACAGCCAAGCUCACAAUAGCAGGACUUCCCAGGUUCAUCAGUCAGCCAGAAUCGACAUCUGUCUAUAGAGGAAACAGUGCAAUUCUUAACUGUGAAGUUAAUGCUGAUCUAGUACCAUUUGUGAGGUGGGAGCAGGCCCGUCAGCCACUUUUUCUGGAUGACCGCGUAUUUAAACUACCGAGUGGAUCUCUAAUAAUUAGCAAUGCAACGGAUGGGGAUGAAGGACUGUAUCGUUGCAUCAUUGAAAGUGGUGGGUCCCCCAAAUACAGCGAUGAGGCAGAGCUUAAAAUUCUUCCAGAUCCAGAGUUUCCCUCAGACUUGGUGUUUCUGAGGCAACCCUCUUCGCUUAUCAGAGUUACUGGGCAGAGUGCAGUUUUGCCAUGUGCUGCUGCAGGAUUUCCAACUCCAGUUAUCAGGUGGACAAGAAAUGAAGAAGAGCUUAUCACAGAAGGCUCUGAAAGGUUUCUUUUGCUGGCGGGAGGUAGCCUAGAGAUCAGUGAUAUCACGGAAGAUGAUGCUGGAACAUACGCCUGCAUCGUGGACAAUGGGAAUGAGACAGCUGAAGCUCAAGCAGAUAUUACAGUUUUAGCUCCACCUGAAUUUCUGAAGCAGCCUGCUAAUAUUUACGCUCAUGAAUCCAUGGAUAUUGUGUUUGAAUGUGAAGUGACUGGGAAACCAACUCCAACUGUGAAAUGGGUCAAGAAUGGCGACAUGGUGAUCCCUAGUGACUACUUCAAAAUUGUUAAGGAACACAACCUGCAGGUCUUGGGUCUGGUGAAAUCAGAUGAAGGAUUCUAUCAGUGCAUUGCAGAAAAUGAUGUUGGAAACGUGCAGGCUGGAGCCCAGCUAAUAAUACUUGAACACGAUGUUGCCAUCCCAACAUUACCUCCCACUUCACUGACCAGUGCCACUACUGACCAUCUAGCACCAGCUACAACUGGACCGUUGCCUUCGGCCCCUCGGGAUGUCGUGGCCACCCUCGUCUCUACUCGCUUCAUCAAACUGACAUGGCGGACACCAGCAUCAGAUCCUCAGGGAGACAACCUUACCUAUUCUGUAUUCUACACCAAGGAAGGUAUAAACAGGGAACGUGUUGAAAAUACAAGUCGCCCUGGGGAGAUGCAAGUGACAAUCCAAAACCUGAUGCCAGAAACAGUCUACAUUUUUAGAGUUGUGGCUCAAAAUAAACAUGGCCCUGGAGAGAGCUCAGUACCAUUGAAAGUGGCAACUCAGCCUGAAGUUCAACUUCCUGGUCCAGCACCCAACAUUCGAGCAUAUGCCAACUCACCCACUUCAAUCACUGUCACCUGGGAAACGCCAUUGUCUGGCAAUGGAGAAAUUCAGAACUACAAGCUUUAUUACAUGGAAAAGGGGACAGAUAAUGAGCAGGAUGUUGAUGUGGGAGGUCACUCCUACACCAUUAAUGGCUUGAAGAAAUACACGGAGUAUAGCUUCCGAGUGGUGGCCUACAAUAAACAUGGCCCUGGAGUGUCUACCCAAGAUGUUGUUGUGCGAACGCUGUCAGAUGUUCCCAGUGCUCCACCCCAGAAUCUGUCCCUGGAAGUUCGAAAUUCCAAGAGCAUCAUGGUACAUUGGCAGCCCCCUCCUCCUGGGACCCACAACGGUCAAAUCACUGGCUACAAAAUUCGCUACCGUAAAGUUUCUCGUAAGAGUGAUGUAACAGAGAGCAUUGGAGGGACACAGAUUUUUCAGCUAAUUGAAGGUCUUGAGCGAGGUACAGAAUACAGCUUCCGGGUGGCUGCCUUAACAAUCAAUGGUACAGGACCAGCUACUGACUGGGUAUCAGCGGAAACUUUUGAGAGUGACUUGGAUGAAACUCGCGUCCCUGAAGUACCCAGUUCGUUACAUGUCCGUCCACUGGUUACCAGUAUAGUAGUAAGCUGGACUCCUCCUGAAAAUCAGAAUAUUGUGGUGAGAGGAUACGCUAUAGGGUAUGGUGUUGGCAGUCCUCAUGCACAGACCAUCAAAGUGGACUACAAACAGAGAUAUUACACCAUUGAGAACUUAGAUCCAAGCUCCCACUAUGUCAUAACUCUGAAAGCUUUCAACAAUGUUGGCGAAGGCAUCCCACUCUAUGAGAGUGCAGUGACCAGGUCACAGACAGACACUUCUGAAGUUGAUGUAUUUGUUAUUAAUGCUCCAUACACUCCAGUGCCAGAUCCCUCCCCCAUGAUGCCGCCAGUGGGCGUUCAGGCUUCCAUUCUGAGUCAUGACACCAUAAGGAUCACUUGGGCAGACAACUCUCUGCCGAAGAAUCAGAAGAUCACAGAUGCUCGCUACUACACAGUGCGCUGGAAAACCAACAUUCCUGCAAACACCAAGUACAAGACUGCAAACACGACCACUUUGAGCUAUUUAGUGACUGGGUUAAAACCUAACACCUUGUAUGAAUUCUCUGUGAUGGUGACUAAAGGUCGAAGAUCAAGCACUUGGAGUAUGACAGCACAUGGAACCACCUUUGAAUUAGUUCCUACCUCUCCUCCAAAGGAUGUGACUGUAGUAAGCAAAGAAGGAAAACCUCGGACCAUAAUUGUGAACUGGCAGCCUCCAUCUGAAGCUAAUGGCAAAAUUACAGGAUACAUCAUUUACUACAGCACAGAUGUGAAUGCUGAGAUACAUGAUUGGGUCAUUGAACCUGUUGUAGGAAACAGAUUGACUCACCAGAUCCAAGAAUUAACCCUUGAUACACCAUAUUAUUUCAAAAUCCAGGCACGCAACUCCAAAGGCAUGGGACCUAUGUCAGAGGCAGUCCAGUUCAGAACACCCAAAGCUUCGGGAACUGGAGGUAAAGGAAGUCGGCCAGUGGAUCUAGGACCGGACUACAAACCACCAAUGAGUGGCAGUAACAGUCCUCACGGAAGCCCCACAUCGCCCUUGGAUAGCAACAUGCUUCUAGUGAUCAUAGUAUCUGUUGGAGUGAUCACCAUUGUGAUAGUGGUGAUUGUUGCCGUCUUCUGCACUCGUCGUACCACUUCUCACCAGAAAAAGAAACGAGCUGCCUGCAAAUCAGUGAAUGGGUCUCAUAAAUACAAAGGAAACUCCAAGGAUGUCAAACCCCCAGAUCUCUGGAUCCAUCAUGAGAGACUGGAGCUAAAACCUAUUGAUAAAUCUCCAGACCCCAACCCAAUCAUGACAGACACCCCAAUUCCUCGUAACUCUCAAGACAUCACACCAGUUGACAAUUCCAUGGAUAGCAAUAUCCAUCAAAGGCGGAACUCUUACCGGGGACAUGAGUCAGAGGACAGCAUGUCCACACUGGCAGGAAGAAGGGGGAUGAGGCCAAAAAUGAUGAUGCCGUUUGAUUCUCAGCCACCUCAGCCUGUGAUUAGUGCUCAUCCCAUCCAUUCACUUGAUAACCCUCACCAUCAUUUCCACUCCGGCAGCCUCGCUUCUCCAACUCGCAGCUAUCUUCAUCAUCAGGUCAACCCAUGGCCGAUUGGCACGUCCAUGUCCCAUUCAGACAGGGCCAAUUCUACAGAAUCUGUUCGAAACACACCUAGCACAGACACAAUGCCAGCUUCCUCAUCUCAGACCUGUGCUGACCAUCAAGAUCCAGACAGUGCCACAGGAUCAUAUCUGGCCAGUGCACAAGAGGAGGAUUCAAGUCAAAACCUCCCUACUGCCCAUGUCCGUCCCUCUCACCCUCUGAAGAGCUUUGCAGUGCCAGCAGUUCCACCCAGCAGUUCCACAUAUGACCCUGCCUUGCCAAGCACACCAUUACUGUCCCAGCAAGCUUCCAACCAUCCAGUUCACUCGGUGAAGACUGCAUCGAUUGGGACUUUAGGAAGAACUCGACCUCCAAUGCCAGUGAUAGUCCCCAGUGCCCCUGAUGUGCAGGAGACCACUCGAAUGCUUGAGGAUUCGGAAAGUAACUAUGAACCGGAUGAGCUGACCAAAGAGAUGGCCCACCUGGAAGGACUGAUGAAGGACCUUAAUGCCAUCACUACCGCAUGACCACCUUCACCAGGACAUGACUCCAAAUCCAGUUUUACAAGUUUUGGGACUCAGCCUUGGAACACAAGGAAUUGUACAGAGCAAGAGAAGGACAGAACAUGAGAACACACACACAGUACAAACAAACCAACCAGUGCAUUAAAUGCUAAUGCCAGUUAAAUAGAUGACCUUUCUCGUCCUUGUCCUAAAAUGAAGUCAUUGCCAAGUUGAAUUCCAUUUGCCUGCUGAGACCAUGCAGGAUGGGACAGAUCAAGCUGAAAUCUAUUAUCCAGACAAACGGAAAGAAAAUAAAAAAAAAAAUCAGACUUUGCAUUCUUUUUCUGGUCAGGUUUUGUCUCAGUGGUGUGAUUGCCCUGCCUUUUCAGUGUUGGACAUUUGCAUUUAUGUACAAUUUUAUUUGUGUGUUUUUAUUUUAUCUUUUUUUUAUAAAAAGAAAAAAAAGUGUACUCUGAAAAAAAAAAAAAAGAACUUUGUUGUUUUCCACAGCCUAGCCUGACGUUUGACUGCUUGUUCUAUUGUAUAUGGAAAUUCAUUGCCAGCGUGGGUUGUUCUGUUUUGUUCUUUUUUUUUUUUUAUCCUGCGUAUAAUUACAUCCCCUUCCAGCAGUUAAUCCAUAGCCUUUUGGGAUUCUGCAUUGCUAUUUGUAAGCUUUUUUAUUAUUUUUAUAUUAUAAUUAUUAAAAGCCUGACUCUCUCCUCUCAUCACUGUGAGAUUACCAGUCUGUUUGAAUUGAAAUGUAACAUUCAAAGACUUGUUUGUCGCUUUUUGUGCAGUUUCAAUAUUUGGGGGGGUGGGAGGGGAGAUGGGGAAGUAGCUGGGGAAGGGGGGUGGGGAGCCAGUGAGAAGUUCAUUAUUGUUGUUUUCCAGUCUUUAUUUGUUGACCUGAAGACUGACAAAAAUGACAGCAUCUUCUGUGAUGUCCUUCCGUGUAACUUAAACACAUACGGUGUCAUUUAGAACCAUUGGGGGCAGACUGUUGUUCCUCCUAUGAAGUUUUCUUUAUGUUUAAGGGCACUAGGUCUUAUUUUGGCAACAGUGCUUUCUUUGUUUUAUGACUAUAAUUUAAAGGCCAUAUAGAUCUUAAAAUUUUGAAGCGCAAUCUGAGCAUUAGUUCAGCUCUUCGAACUUACAGCAGUCAGCAGUGCACACUUUGCACAGCACUUUUCUCUGCUGCUAUGGUGCUUAAAUCUGGGGUUUAAUUUAUCUGGAUCUCCUAAAGCAGAGAAAGGUGGACCUGUUCUAAUCCAGCAGUACUUCUUGCCUUUGGAAACACUAAAACCCCACCUGUAGGACCUGUCAGUUGGGUCAAUGCAUGUGGUUUCACUGUCCCAGGCCAUUCAAACAAGGCUUUGAAAAGAAUCCUAAAUGUACAGCUGCAAUCGAGGCAAAAUGUAUUUUUUUACACUUUUAAAAACAUUUGAAAAAAGAAAUCAGUGUUAGUGACUCAGGUGCUGUUCACACAUCUGUCUAGGAGGGAGGGAAAUUAAAAGGGAGCUCCCAAAUGAGGAGAGCUGUUCUGGUUGGUUGUUUUCUCUUUGUAGGCCUGCUUGGUUCGGCCAUGCCCUGAAAUGAUGAUUGGCAUCAGUAGUGUAAAAUACUAGCUGCCCAAGGAGUUGAUAUGCAUGUGUUUGGUUUUAAGAAGAGAGGCAAACAAGAAUGAAUAUACCGAUGCUUUUUAUGUAUCAAAUCUAUUCUGCCUAAGCAGUUGUAUGGAUGAUCUUGAAGGCUUAAAUUAAUGAUGAAAGAGGUAAAGCUUAAAAGUUCUUCUGGCAUUCGGUCAGAAGACUGCCUGGCUCUCUGGGAGACAUGCCUCUUAGAACAUUUAACACAAAAUAAGUCAGAUUUAUUUAAUAAAGAAAGGGAUAAGACUGAGUUUAUUGAUCUUUUAUCCCUAAGCUGACCCCUGGGCCAGUUUUUGGUCCUUAAUGCUAAGGGAGAGAGGAACCAGUGAAUAACUCUGGAAAGUACAGCUAGUUGAGACUUGCUUGGAAUUUGACUUCCUUUCUUUUCCUGGACUCCUUGUGUGUUGCCAUGUCUAGCAGAUUUGCUGGUGUUAUUUAUUAUCUGGGCAGGAGGGCCGAGGGGGAGGGAUCAGUGAAAAGUGCAACAUUUGAACACCCUGGGCCACCUGAAAAAUAGUUGUUUAAACCUUUAAUCAAUACAAUUCAGGACAAAAUAAGCUACUGAAUUUACUUUUAAUUAACAGAUCACCCACACUCUCCUGGCAGUGGGUGUACGUGCAUUUUCCUUUGUUUCUUACCUAUACCCAAAGAAUGCCAUCAUGUACUCAGUAUUCUUAGCUGGUGGGUUUUUGUGAAUAUUACUACUUAUGUAUAACACCAUGAAUGUUAAUAUUGCCAUUGAAGUUGGGGAGCGGGGAAUAUUUUUAAUGAUAAAACAACUGUUCAAAGUUGGUUUUUUAAGGUUAAACUAAAAAAGAAAAAACAUUUAUUCAAGUCAGUGUACAAUCUGUAUUGCACUUUUUCACAUUUUAACGCUACGUUUUCUUACAUAUCCUGUGAUUUUAAAUUUGGAACAUUGUGUAUCUUGUAGUGUCCUAGUUAAGCUGUGAAGUGGCAGCUUCCUUCAGAGAGAUUUGGAGGAAAAAAAAAGAAGAAAAACCCUGUAUAUUGUUUUAUGAUUCUGAUGUAGGCGAAUUUUGAGGACUGCUGUAGACUUCUACCUUUCUGUACAAUUUUUUUUUGCUUUUCUGUAGUAUUUGCUGUAUACUCUAUGGCUUUUUUUAAUAACUUCAUGUUUAUUAUUUAGUAUUGGACGUCCAAUACACUUUUUUUAAUCCAAUCAAA